CCUACAUCGCUUGCUUUUCUCAAGUCACAGGGCCGGCCCAGCCCAAAAUCCUUUUCACCGCUACGACCUCCGUGCUCCGGCGAUGCAGCGGAUUUCGCUACGACUUCUGCGCUCCUCCUACACCGCCGCCUCCGCCUCCCUCUCCACCACCUCCUCCUCCCUCCGCGGCCUGGCAGUAUCCCAUGGCGGUUGGACCACCCGACCGUCGCUGCAGCCUCCGGUGCGAACCGCGGCGCCGGUCGACCUCACCAGGUGGCCGCCGCGGAGGGGUUACUCCCAGUUCGCGAGCGGGUUCACCCCGCUGAAGCCGAAGCCGCUGGGAUCCAUCCUCGACAUCGAACGCGCCAAGGGCCUCUCCCCCGACCACCUCGUCGCCGCAUGGGAUGACUAUCAUUUAGGAAGGGGUCAUAUAGGUGCAUCUAUGAAAGCAAAACUUUACCAUCUCUUGGAACAAAGAUCAGCUUCAUGCCGUCACUUUGUUAUUCCGUUGUGGAAGGGAAGUGGAUACACUACUAUGUUCAUGCAAGUCCAGAUGCCAUACAUGGUAUUCACAGGACUUGAAGACUAUAAAGCACGAGGCACUCAAGCAAGUCCUUACUACACAGUCACUCAUUACACAGAGUUUGCUGAGACCAAGGACACUGUGCUUAUUCGAGGAGAUGUUGUUUUUACCAGCAAACUAACCGAUUCAGAGGCAAAGACUCUUCUAGAGACUGCUCACUCGUUCUACCUGAAUGAUGUGAGAUACAGACUCGUGGAGCGCUUCAACAAAGAGACUCAUGAUUUUGAGUUCGGGGACGUCCUUAAAGUGCUUGACAUGCCAACCAUGUGACCCAGUUUAAUUCCCAACCAAUAGCAAAUAUUCCUAGAGAACAUUGAUUUUCUGUCACCUCAAAUCCUCAAUUUAGCACGGGAGAUUGCUUUCUUGCAUCAUCAGAGGCAGUAAGAUGGAGCCACUGGAUAUCGUCCUGCCUUCGCUCAUUGAGCAUUCCGUGUGGAUUUUGUUGCACUGAUUACACCAUAGACAAUUUUGCUGUUUUUUUAAGCAGUUGAUGAUUUUCAGGGAUGUGAGACAUAAGUUAUAUUUUUUGCUAUAUCAUUGUACCCAUUAGGUCCAUAAUGACAUUUUGUACCAUCUUGAUGUAUUUCCCCUGAAUAUUUUUGUGGAAACCAUAAACCAAUUUGUUUGU